AACAUAGAUGACGUAGGAAAUGGUUCAAGUCGGUAUGUGCUGUUCCAAUGCCUCUAUCAGUCUUCGCCCAUGCCACUGAAAUCACCGAUACCAUGUGGCGCAGCUUGCUGACUUUUGCCCUUUUUGCCCUGCUUUAGAUCGUUCUGGGUAGGUCGAUAGUCCUUUGUUUACUGCAACCCAAUGCCAGACCUAUAACUCGAUUCACAGGUCCGCUUCACCUUUCUACAAAGUCCAGCGAGAGGCCGCCCCGAACAAGACUGGUCGCGAUCCCAAUCUCGUUGUCGGUGCCGCAUAUUCUCACGCAGAUAUGCUCAAGUUCGAUUCUCUCAACUUGUCCAGCUCAUCUUCGCGACCGAGGACGCCCCCGUCUUCAUCCUCCUAUAAAGCACGAAAUAGCGAUGUCAGCUCUCCGCCCCUGCAGAAAAAGCAUGGCCCAUCUUCGCCGCCCUUGAAAUCCUACAUAAGCUUCUUGUCCAACACGAACCAAGACUGGACCGCAGACGACCCCGAAGGCGAUGAUAUGUACGGCUACGAAGACGACGAUGGAGACGACUUUGGCUUGCCGAGCUUGUCCAACAUGAAGAGAAAGAACAGACGCAUAGCUGCUGCUCAGGGGCAAACAGAGGCCGGCGCCCCGUCACCCGUGAAUGCGGCAUUCGGUUUCCGCUCGCGACGUUAUUCUAAUAGUGCCGAUAUAGCCAUCGAGAGGCCCACACCAGUGUACCCAAUGCCCAAGAAGAGCGAAGGGAAAAUACUCCGUCCGCAAUAUAAAGAAAUAUUGAAAGACCCAGCAAACGCCCUGCACUUAAUAAACCACCCUGCCAUUCCGGCAAACACACCACAGAAGGAGGUCGAUGCCAUUAAUUCGCGGGUCACGAGGAUCAACAAGUUCAAGAAGAUUCUCCAAGCUACGACGAUAUCCCUUCCCGACUUACGAGCUCUAGCAUGGGGUGGUGUACCGGAAGAAGUCCGCGCCAUGACUUGGCAACUGUUGCUCAGUUACUUGCCAACAAGUAGUGAAAGGCGGGUUGCUACCCUGGAAAGGAAGAGGAGAGAGUACUUGGAUGGGGUCAAGCAGGCAUUCGAGCGCAGUGCCAAUGCACCCGCUACCGGUGGCCGAUCAAGGGGCCUGGACGAAGCAGUCUGGCACCAAAUAAGUAUCGACGUCCCAAGAACCAAUCCUCACAUCGAGCUAUAUGGAUACGAGGCAACUCAGCGGUCGCUGGAACGUAUUCUCUACCUAUGGGCUAUUCGUCAUCCGGCGAGCGGUUAUGUGCAAGGAAUCAACGACCUUGUCAGUCCCUUUUUUCAGGUCUUCCUCGGAACCUAUAUCACGGAUUCAAACAUUGAAAGUGGCAUGGAUCCAGGACAGCUACCGAAACCCGUUCUCGAUGCAGUGGAGGCAGAUUCGUUCUGGUGUUUGACGAAACUCCUCGACGGCAUUCAGGAUCAUUAUAUCGUUGCGCAGCCGGGCAUUCAGAGACAAGUGUCCGCUUUGCGUGAUCUGACAGCACGGAUCGACGCCGAUUUGGCCAAACAUUUGGAGAACGAGCAUGUCGAAUUCAUUCAGUUCAGCUUCAGGUGGAUGAACUGUCUUCUUAUGCGUGAGAUCAGUGUCCAAAACACAAUUCGAAUGUGGGACACAUACCUGGCCGAGGAACAAGGGUUCUCCGAGUUUCAUCUGUACGUUUGCGCGGCUUUCCUGGUGAAGUGGUCUUCAAAACUAUUGAAGAUGGAUUUCCAAGAAAUUAUGAUGUUCCUUCAAGCACUUCCGACACGCGAUUGGACCGAGAAGGACAUCGAGCUAUUACUUAGCGAAGCAUACAUAUGGCAGAGCUUGUUCAAGAACUCUUCAGCUCAUCUACGUGGAGGCCCCAGUCGAGCUCCAUCCGGAGCUCUUCAGCUGUAAUCAAUUUUGAAGUACGAUUGCUGCCGGGUCUGGAAGAAGCACUUGCUUGUUUUGCAGUGCUAAUUGUAUAUGGGCACGGAAUGGGGGGUGCAAUGCAAGCCAGAUCAGCUU